GUGUGUGCUGUGUCCGGUAUUUUGUGAGGGAAGGGAUCCUCCUAUUUUUUAUCAUCUGUUGCCUGCUGUAUCUCUUUUAUAUAUAUAAUGUGGCUCCAGGGAACGAUUUGCCUCGCGCUGUUGGGGAGUUUUAUGGCGUCCGGCCUCCGCCUUCCCGUCGGCCUGGCAGCGGAACAAGAAUUGGUGAAAGGCGAAUCGAAGGAACAGAAAGCAACCGAAGAGACGAGCAGUGAAGAGGCCCCAGAGGCUCCUCCGGCGGGCGACGCAGCAGGGGGCGCCGAGGAGAGCCCGAGAAAGCCCGAGGAACCGCUCAAUAACCGAAGUCCCGGUGAGGACGCGGAGGUCGAUUCGCGUCCGUCUGGGUCCGGCGCCGAGACUCCCACGCCCGACGGAGGAGGAGAAGGCGCGGGGAAGGAGGAAGAGCAGCAGAAGGCGAAGGAGGGAGAGGCUCCGUCAGGAGGGUCGUUCAGAGUCCAGGACCCGCCGUCUUCGGGAGAGGGAGAGGAACAGGAAGUGAAGGCGAAAAUACACCUAGACUUGCUGGCAAACAUGUCACAAGACACCAUACAGGAGUGGCAGCAAAAUGACCUGAAUUUGCCUUCUCACCAUCAAUGA